AUUACUACUAGAAUCAUCUACUGUAAUAGGGUGGAUAUACAGCUAGGCUAUGGCCCACCUUGAAUGUGUUAGAGCUGCAAGUGUUGAGAUUUCUGUGCUACGUAAGCUGAGAUCCUGACGUAGGCUAGCAGCAUACCCCGCUGGAAAUCCCCUUGAAGCAAAGCCAUCAACCCCGCCGCGAAGGAAGCUCUCGGCGUGGACGAAAGAAAGAGACAGCCCGCUAUCUCAUUUACUAACCCCCUAGUCUAUAUGUGCUUUUGUCAGUGCAAGAUACUCUUGGUUAGCUGCAUGUUAGAGUAACUAGGAAGGUAAGUGGGAGCUAAUUGUCAUUAUAGAAACAUCCUACACGUAAGAGUGAUAACAGAAACAAAACCGGUAAGGCCUGCGGUACAUAUCCGCCAGUCUAGUGUCAAUCAUAGGCCAGGGAGAGCUCGAGGAAGCUGAUCAGCUAGGAUACCUAUGUCAUAGCAGUAUUCUUGUGCAUUUUCUUCAGUUCUCCACUCGUGUCCAAUAGAUAUAUAAAGGGAUUAUUCCUCGUCCAAGUUUCGUUUAAAAGUCAAACAGCCAUCCUCAUAGACGCCAAAGCCUCCAACGAAUAUCCCUUACAGAUAACCAUAAAAUACCAAAUAUAUAACCAAAAUGGGUCUCUCCGGACACUGCCUCUGCGGAGACGUUAAGUACACCGUCGACGCGGACCCUCUCGUCGUCGGCUACGACCACUGCGACGACUGCCAACGUCAAUCGGGCUCGACUUAUUCACUAGUAGUAGUCGUCCCCAAGGAAAAACUAACCAUCACGGGCGAAACCAAGAGCUUCGCCAAGGACGGUUCGUCGGGCAAGCCCGUGCACCGUAUCUUCUGCCCCAAGUGCGGAUCGCCAAUUGCUCACGACCCCGACGCCGCUCCCGCGAUCAUUGCGCUUAAGGGAGGUACUCUUAGCGAUGCUGAUAAGAAAGCCUUGAAGCCUGACACGGAGAUCUGGACCGUUAGCAAACUACCUUUCUGCUCCGAACACCUUGCUAAGCCCUUCGAGCACAUGCCCCAGUAAAGGGUCAAUUGAUUCUUCGAUCGCGCGAAUAUCAUACAUAAAGAUAUAUCCAAAGAAGGAGGCGGUCCUCUUACUGGAACAAGCCUAUUCCUUGGAUACCAAGCUAUAUAUGGCUUGACGAGGAAGCGUUGUUUAGGAGGGAUAUGUAGUGCGAUUGAUUGAACAAUUGAAUGAGCUUUCAAAACACAAACAUGCUAAGAGAACCCAUGGCGAAUUUUUACAAGUAAUACUAUGUAAUAAUAUGUAACGAGUCUAUGGUGAAGUGAAGUCGAAAUUAGACGCGCUCACACGUGGGCGCACCCGUCCCCGGAGCAAGCUAACGCAGGCACAGCCGCGGAGCCGCCUACGAUCGGAUUGAUUCCCGGAUUCAUUUUCCAUCUAGGCCUAGGUAGGUAUCAUCUACCUAUGUAGGCAUAGCAAAUAGUGUGAUUGGUCUAAUGGGGAAAGUUGGCCAGCAAGGUUGUUG